CUGCAAACAUUCUUCAUAUUGCAUCACAAGUUCGCUCUUAAUUUAAGUUAGUUAAGUUGAUCAUUCGCGAAAAAGGGCUAUUUGAAUUCUACUGACGAUGGCUGCAACUCAGCUGGGCAGUUUAGUGACCAAUGAAACAACAAAUAGUGUUUGGGAGUCCCUUCAGGAUCUGAUCAAUAACUCAUCACCGUCAAAAAAGCGACUCAUUGGCACUGCAUUAGCUUCAACUGUGGUGUGCGCAUAUCUCCUAAAAAGAUAUCGGAAGAAUAAAAAUGACUUCGAGGAACUACCUCAUGCGCAUUGGCUCAAAGGCCACAUGGAACAUAUCAGUAAAUAUGACAGCAUCGGAAAAGCCCUUCAGAGUCUGUACAAGGAAUCGGGAAGGCCAGCUAUUGCCUAUUUCAGGACCUACUUGAGACGUAAUUUGAUACUUUUCAACAUUCGGGAAAUGAAAGAACUGUUUCAAACUCAAGGAUCCAAAUCAAGUCUUAGACCUAACACGUUGCCUCUCUACCUCGAAAGCGUGAACAAAGGCUUACUUCAGUCUUCAGGACCGGUUUGGAAAAUGAACAGACAAGUUUUUCACUCGUACAUGCGGUCCUGGGGACGUGAAAAGCAGCUGGAACUUAUAAUAAACGAAACGAAGCAUUUCAUUUCGGCUCUCGUCGAAGCAAAAUCGCUGGAACCCACAGAACUGCUUCAAAAGGCAGUUGGAAACAUAAUCGCGACGUUCAUUCUCGGGUCUCGAUUCGACUAUGCUGAUCCAGAGUUUCAAGCCAUUGUAGAUUCGGUAACCAAAUUCAAUGCUCGGAAUACAUUUUUGCCCACGUUCAUGUUCAAACUACUGUCCCCCUUUUUUCCUAGUUUAAAAAAUCGGGCCAAAGGAAUAACGGAUAUGAGGAAUUAUUUGAAAAGAAAAAUUGAAGCACGGAUCAAAAUAGGUGUGAAGCAGCCACCUGAAACCCUGAUUGAUGCUUAUGCUCUAGAAUCCAGCGCUACCGGAAAUCAAAUUGAUUUCGAGAACUUGGAAAUCGUGAUUUAUGAUUUGUUUUUCGCGGGUCUUGAAACAACUUCGACAACUCUUGCAUGGUUUUUGACAGCGGUUGUUCAAAAUGCAGAAAUCCAGGACAAAAUGUUCGAUGAAAUUUCACGAGAAAUAGGCGACGAUAAAAUUGAACCCGAUGACUUCAAGAAACUGCCUUAUACGGUUGCCGUUCAACUCGAGGUGCAGAGAUACGGAGCGAUAGCGCAAAACACAAUUCUACAUAAAAUGGAGACUGCACUUAAAUUGUCUUCAGGAAAAACUAUUUCCAAGAACCAGUUCGUGACAGCAAGUCUUUACACGAUAAUGCGUGAUCCCAGUUAUUUCAAAUCACCAGAGCAGUUCGAUCCGGACAACUUUCUGGAUGAAAAUGGAAAAGUUAGAAGUAACAUGGAGACAUUUGUGCCUUAUGGAAUUGGACCUCGCGUCUGCUUGGGUCAAAGUUUGGCUGACCUUGAACUGAAAGUUUUCAUAAUUGAACUUAUUCGGAAAUUCCACAUUUCUUCAGAUGAAAAUAUCGAUUUGACGAAACGCAUUCAGAAAAUAACAAAUUCACCAAGUCCAUACACAUUUAAUUUCAGUGAGCGAUAAACAUGUUCGGUUACUCAGAUAAGCUUAUCAAUUAUCAAGAUAAAUUUUAUACGUCAAGUUUAUGAGAAAUUUCUAACUUUUGCGCUCAACCUAACUUUUGAACUAAAAAAACCUAGCAAAUUCCUAUUCAAUUUUUUGACAGUGCACCAAAAUCUGUCUGAAACAAAAAUUGUUUCUUUCAAAAUCACCUCGAAUUUCAUUUUUAAUGACAAGAGUACA